AUGCCUGCGAACUCGGGGACGCACCAAGUGCUCUUCGCACCACUCCCCAAUUACAAAGGCGUACCCACCAUAAAUGUAUGCAGCCACGAAGUGCCGCUUCCAGUUUACUGGCGCAUAGCGGAACUCCUCGCCGAAGGUAUCGGGGAAGAGCAAAUUGUCCGAACCAUCGUGAAUCAAACUGGUGUCAAAUCCCAGCGCUCAGUGGACGACAUUGUGAGCGCCAUCUCCAAGAACCUCCGACAAAUCGAGUCUGCAUCUCCGAUCCCCGCAAUUCCCAUAAUCGUCAACGAGAAGCCCAAAGCCAGUAACAGAUUGAGCGCGCUCCUUUCCAAGCGGGCCAAGCGCGUCAGCACUUACCGGGAGUCCUCGCGCCUCGAAGCUCACCAUGAGAUUGAGGACGUGGGGCCGGAACUCGAGGCACAGGAAAAGCAAAAGCAACUUGAUACGGCACGGGCACUGGCGCGCCGCAAAGAGAUGCUGGAGGAGGCCAGCUCCGGGUCAAAGAAGAUCAGUAAGGACGAGAGAAGGAGGACGAUCGCCGCCAUUGACCAUGAUAUCAAUAAGUCGCUGCACCGUUACGCCGAGAUCGAGACGCAGAUGGAGUAUGCGAGGAGGUUGACAUGUGUGCAGAAAGGGACGUCUGCUUGA